AUGGCGAUGAAACCGAAUGGGAAGUCAAUUGUCUCCUCUGGUUACGAUGAGAAAGUCAUGUUCUUCAAAGAUGUCUCGCUGGGUCACCACGAAGCUCAGUUGCGAUUUCGCCUCAUCCAUUUUUGGGAGGCUUGGAACCCAGUAAAGAAGACGUUUAUCGGCCUGGAGAUGCUACUCAUCGAUGAACAGACUUUGUUGCUGCUUAGAUACAGAAAACUCAACCGUGAUCAUACCGCAACCGUGUCGUUCUCAUGGGACUCAAAACUGUCGGUUCUUCGAGACUGUCGCACCCCUUUUGAUGAAGACAGUUUCCGGUUUCAUUCGUAUGAAGAGUUUCAAGCUAACUCUGAUCUCAAGGGAGAUCUCUUCGAUGUUGUGGGCCACAUGAAGUUGGUUGAUAGUCAGAGUAUCAAUAAGUUCCCCGUGCUUGACGAAGUGGAGAUAGCAAAGGCGAGGCGUCUGCUGGUUCAUAUCCAGUCACAUGAUGGACCCGUGAUGAAGCUUUACCUUUGGGAUCAGGCUGCAAGAAAAUUCUGCAAAAAGUUCAAUUCAUACGAAAAUACACCCACCGUGUUACUGGUCACGACCGUAAACACGAAGACUCUCGGAGGUACUCUUGCCUUGGCACCAAUGUCCUCCUCGCGUGUAGUUAUGAAAUACGAUGUCCAACCUACUAUCGAUUACUUCGGCUGUCCCGGAAGCUCUAAUCAGCACAAUCGGGCAAAGACAUAAGUUUUGUGUCAAAGUGACAGAGCACAAUUUAUCAGGCAAGACCCAGUCCCUUACUGUGACCAAGAUCCUCCCUCUAGACACAGCCAGCAACAGUAUCCUCGGAAGGAAACAACACGACUGCAACUUCGGAGGAAACAUUCAAAAGCCGUGUGGAUUCUGCAGAGGGGAGUAAGAGGACUUGUGACAGUGAUGAGAUAGAAGAAGCUAAAUGCCAUAAACGUGGGAAUUAAAGGUUCAGUACGUCUCCUAAACUUGCAAGGUUCAUUGCAGUUUAAGUGUUUUUUUCUCAGUUUCGUUUUUUACUCAUGUUUUCCUUUCAGUUUAACUUUCAGAGUUUUCUUUCUUUCCAACAUUUUAUCUACUUCGAAUGAUUAUGAAACCAUGAGCUGUGCACUAUUACUUUUCUCCUUCAAGAUUACUUUGCUGAGUUAUUCAUUUAGAAUU